AUCAAGUCAAUACAAAAACUACAUCAAACUCGAAAAACAUGAAACCUAUGUUCUACGUCUUUCUUGCCAUAACAGCGGUUUUGGCCACAACCACAAACUCCCACACACCCGUCCUUGACAUCGACGGAGACAUCAUAUACCGCGGCAGCUACUACGUCCUCCCCGUCAUGCGUGGCCAAGGCGGUGGUGUGACUCUCUCCGGUCGCGGUAACAACCCCUGCCCUCUCGACAUCGUGCAAGAAUCAUCCGAGGUCGACGUGGGCCUUCCAGUUAAAUUCUCAAAUUGGAUGACUAAAAUUGCGUCCGUUCCAGAAUCACAAAACCUCAACAUUGAGACCGACAUUGCAGCUACGAUCUGCGUCCAGUCAACCUACUGGUGGCUCGAUACGUACGACAAGGAGAGAAAGAAGUGGUUCGUGACAGCUGGUCCGAAGCCACAAGGGCCUGGAGGAGAUUCGUUCAGGAGUUUCUUCCAGAUCGUAAAAGCCGGAGAUAAUGCUUACAAGUUUGUGUUCUGUCCUCGUGAUUGUGCAGGUAGUCACAAAGUUUGCAGUCCCAAUUGCCACGAUGUUGGGAUCUUUGUGGAUGAGAAGGGUGUUCGCCGUUUGGCUUUAAGUAAUAAGCCAUUCUUGGUUAUCUUCAAGAAAGCUCAUGUGACAGAGGGAUCUAAGUUCAUGGCCAUAACUAUGUGAGAGAAGAGAAUAUACUAAAGUAAGAGAUGAGAGCUACAGCCUGUGGCUGAUAAUAAAGAAAUUCUCUCUAUGUUUCCUUUUGUUUGUCAAAUAUGGAAUAUAACAUCUUUCGUCUGUUUCUUUUUUUAAAAGUCUCCUAGUUUAUGAUUCAAAUAAGCUGGAAAUUAAACAUAUGAGUUUCUAUAUAUAGAUCUGUUUCUUAAUCUUUU